CCGAAAGCUCGUAGAAAUAAAUAUUAAGUCAGAGAACGUUCAAUAAAUAAUGUUUUAACCUGGCUACGCAUCCUCUAUUUUUUCAAUUAUUCGCCGAACGGCUGGCCGAGAAGUUCUCAAAUUAGCAGGAGUUCUAGAAAAGGAUGCUUAUAAACUCGUAGCACACCACCGUCACCUAAAAUUCACUCAAUAUGCUCUUGAAAAUGGUUGGUUCCUGAAAUCUUUACGUUUCAAUCCUCCUGGUAAUAAUGUUAUAUUCAAGCAGAUAAUGGAGAGAGCAAGCAAACAUUGCAUGAAAGCAAGAAUCUCUAUUUGUCAUAGUCAAAUCAACUCAAUCAAGAAACGAAUGCUUCACACCAGAAUAGAACUUACGUCUAUCCUACCCGUAGAUACAUUCAAGAACUUGAAUGAAUUCUUGAAACAGCGUGCACAGUCUGUCCGCGACACCAUCAACGCAAGACAUGCAAAGAAACAUUCUAAUUUGAACAAUGAAUAUAACAAAGAAACGAAUGCCACAAAGCGGAAUACGUCCGUGAUAAACCUAUCGAAGAAACCUCUUACCGACGCAGAACGCUCUCUUCUUGAAAAAGGACCGAAGUUCGCCAUCACACCUGCAAAGAUUCCACACAGAAACAUCAUUGCGGAAGUUGAAACAGCGAUCAAAGAUCUACCAGACGAAACUAAAGACAUUAUACUUACAAAUACAGCUUCCAUCUUAGACCGAGCACGCAUCCUUCCGCACAAAAACAUAAACAUCAACGAAAGAAAAGCGCUGAAAGACUUGAAACAGGCACGACAAGAAUUAUCAUGAAAGCCGACAAAGGUAACAGUUUAGUCAUCAUGAACCGAGACGAGUAUGACAAGAAGAUGGAAAACCUAUUGAAAGAUGAAGCGACCUACGCUAUCAUACCUAAGCCACCAUUCAAACGAGUAGAACGAGGGCUAAAUGCCAUGCUACUUAACCUGAAGAAUCAAGAGAAAAUUCCCGAGAAUACUUACCGUAAGCUACACUCAAGUGACGCAAUCCCUCCAGCCAUCAGAGGCUCCAUCAAGCAUCACAAAGUAGGUUACCCACUUAGACCUAUAGUUACUUGUAUCGACUCAGCUCUUUACGAAACUUCCAAAUUCCUUACCAAAAUACUUUCUCCACUUCAAAACAAAAACGGCUUUUCAGUAGCUAACUCAACUCAAUUCAAACACGAAAUUUCAAACAUUACCAUAGACGAAGACGAAUACAUGAUUUCAUUUGACGUGGUUUCACUCUUUACAGCCAUUCCUGUUGACAAAGCAUGCAAAUAUAUUAGAACGAAAUUAGAAAACGAUCCGACACUUCCUGACAGAACUCAACUCGACAUUGACGACAUCAUUCGACUUUUAUAUUUUGUUUUAUCUAAUAGUUAUUUCGUUUAUAACAACACCACCUACAAACAAAUUCAUGGAUGUGCCAUGGGCAGCUCUGUUAGCGCAAUUGUUGCUAACUUGUGCAUGGAAGUGAUAGAAGAACAGGCCAUCCGAAACGUAACUUAGGAACGUAACUCGUAAUGCAUAAGCUUAUAAGCUUAAGAUUUUCUGGAAGAUGACGCGCGAGCUCAUAGUGUUAUUAUCAUUGGCAUUUUCAUCAAAUCAAAAUAACAAUAUAAAACUUUGGGUUUCUAUCAUGGCUAUAAUUAUAGCCGACCAUUGAUGGUGCCAGUCUAGGUAGCGUUGAGUAUAAACAGCAGAGUUGUGUAGGACAUAUAUAACUACCUGAAAAAUACAAAAAGAACUUCGAGCGAAGGACCUUCGUCUGGAAGUUUGUAACCAAAUGACGAGGGUGUGCUCAAAAUGUCGAAGUCCUUUUUGUAUUUUUACAGGUAGUUGCAUCUCUUACAAAACUCUGCCAUGUUAUGAAAGCUACUGGGGUCAGUUAGCUAACACUAGGUUAACCUAAAAUUCGAACCAAACUUCCCAACAGCUUUAUAGUUUAUAAAUUUGAAAAUAUUUUUUUAGACGUGUCACACUUCCGGUUAUAUUAACUUCCUGUACGUAAUACUAGAUCCAAUCUCCUACUGUUAUAUAAACACGCGUACUCACCAUAGCCGCCAUAUUGUAACAUAUUUUCAAUAAACUGAGCUAGUUUCAAAUAAAACGUGCAAGUUUACAUGGUGUCAGGUACGGGAUUGAUGACUAGAAGGUCUAGAAACCCAACACAAUAAGUACUUGGUUACCUGUUAACAAAAUGAGUGAUCUAGCUGGCUUUGAACCGCCAAGAAUCGAUUGGACACCCGGACCAGAUCUGCCACAACGGCUCAAGCGAUUUCGGCAGAAGUGUGAAUUACUGUUUGAUGGCCUUUUGAAAGAUCGAACUGUGAAGCAGAAAUGUCGAUAUGUUCUCCUAUGGGUAGGAGAUUAUGGUCUUGAUCUCUAUAAUACAUGAAAUUUGAGUGAAGCCGAUCAAGACAAAUUAGACGAGUAUUGGAAAAGAUUUGAACAGCACGUAAAACCUCAGUCCAACCAUCUUCUCAACCGUUUCUAUCUCAGAAACUUGAAGCAGAACAACCGACCGCUCGACGAGUUUUUAACCGAAGCAAACCUCCUUACUCAGAACAGUGGUUAUCCGGAUGAAAUACAUGACAAAUUGAUGCGAGAUGCUUUGGUAUUUGGAGUUGAUUCAGAUACAGUCCGUAAGAAAUGUAUUGCUGAAGGGAAUGAACUAACUCUUAUAAAAGCAAGAGAAAUCGCCCGCACCGAGGAAGCUACCAGACAACAGCUAAAGGUGAUGACCAGUGAUAUUUCAAACCCUAUACAGGUAGACUCAUUGCAGAAAAACAGGAGAGGAAACAUGAAUCGAGGUAAGACCAAACCAUUGUAUGAUAGACAAAAGGGAUAUAAAAUGAAAUGGGAUAAGCCAGUAUGCACUAGAUGUGGGAAUACAACACACAAUAAAGAUCAGAAAUGUCCUGCUAUUAAGGCACAAUGUUUUGGAUGCAAGAAAACUGGUCAUUACCAAAAUAUGUGUUUCAAGGCAAUCAAAACAAACUGUAACUCACUUGAGCGUGAUGAUAGCAAUUCAAAUGAACCAGAUAUUGAUGAAAAAAUAUUUCUUGGUACUUUACUAGCAGAACAGUGUCCGAACAUUGGUGCUAACCCAAACCAAAUUAAUAGCCUUAGUACAGAGCAGAGAAAGAAAGUACUGAUUGAAACCCAUCUGACUGCAGAGCCUUACCACAAGUAUACCACCCCAGUAGUAUGUAAAAUUGACACUGGUGCAGAACUGAAUGUUCUAUCUAAACAUGACUAUGAAACAAUUGUUCCCAAUCCCAAACGAAGGUGGCUUGUAAAAAAUCACCGCUUAUGGAGGUCAUGA